CUGAUUGGUUAAGCAAUGCAACAUGAUCUUCUUCAGCAAGUGAUAGCAAAGCGGGUCGUCAUCUCAACUUUACACAAGUGUCUUUACCUCCGGCAGAGGCUCCGCCAAACCCCUGAGACUGACUCAUCGAACCCCUGGGGUUCGAUCGAACCCAGGUUAAGAACCACUGUGUUACAGAGACAAUAGUGGUGGUCUUUAAGCGGGAAAGGACAGGUGACAGUAACCGUGAGGUGUUGAAGAUGUCUCAGACAGUUGAUGUACACAGUCCCUCAGAACCCUCCCUUGUCGGGCCCUGCAGCCUUACAGGGGUUGAUUUCCUGGAAGGACUUCCUCACAUUUGCUGUGGUCACACAGAGAAGCAUGUCACAAGGAGGUGGUAUUAGUCUGGUACUGAGGGGGUUGUUAGGAUGCUCAAAGUGGAAAUAGGACUUAUUAAAUGCAUCUAGCAGUGAGGGGUUAGGGUUAGGCUAACGCUAAACCUAGGUUUGACAAUUUUCACUCUCAAGGUACGGGUUGCUUCUUGGAGUGCUGAUGCCUCGCCUGUCCUGAACACAGUGUCCCUAGCUUUCAACAGAGCUUUCACCUCAACAUUCAGCCAGGGUUUCUGGUUCGGGUAACGGGUUACUGUCCUGGUGGUGGAGACAUCAUCAGCACACUUGGAGAUAAAGCACAGAACAGAGGAGGUGUAUUCCUUCAGGUCCAUCUGCCAUUAGCACCUAGCGGAAUGUAAACAAUGGUGACGAACACCAAAGUAAACUCCCGAGGCAGAUAGUAUGGCUGAUAGCUUUUAACCAGGCCACAGUUCGUACACCAACCUUCAUUCCCUUACAUACAUUGUCCUCCUCUCCGUGUUUUUCCUGACCGUUGGUCAUGGUCUGCUUGGAAUAACUGAAGAUUGUUGAUCUGGAAGGCUAAAGUCUGGCAUGUUGCUGUUAUGCCAGAUUUCCGUUAGGCAAAGAAUGGCACAGCUCUUCAUCUCUGCAGAAAUACUUAACCUCAGAUCUAACAAAUCCACUUUCUUACCCAGUGAGCGGACUUUGGUCAGAAAGAGAGCCAGAAUUGGUGGCUUCCUAGGCAUCAGCUGGGUCAACACGCCCACCUGUUUCCCCUUCUUCUGUUUUCGGGCACAAUGUUUCCUUUUGACAGUUGGUCCUCGCACCCUGCUGUUCAGUCCAUUGUCCUCAAGAGCCGSUGUCUCCCAAGUGCGGAUUUCAGCCUUGGUGAUGUAUGACCMGUUGAACUGUCUCCAAUGGCCAUCAGCUAAGCAGAGCUGCAUUCAGCUGUAAAGUUUGUUUUUAUUCAAACUUCAGCAGAUUUCUAGUUGUUCUGCUGAGGUAGUGACAUCAAUUUAUGACAUCACGCAAAUUGAUGUCACAAAGAGAAUUGAUGUCACUCUUAUGGAGCAAGAGUGACAUCACAAAGCUGCACYGUCAUAACCAUUGCAGAAAACAAGAGCAAGUACAAGGAUUGUCACCAAAUUCUAACAAACAAAAGGACCAACAAUGAGUGAAAGCAGAAAGCCAUCGUUUUCUUGUUCCCUGAAUGAGAAAACACAACAGAGAUUAGCUAGAGAGACAGCAAAACUGGAAGGCAUUCUGAAAGACGUCAGCAAGGUGACUAUUGAGAGGCAGACCCUGAUUAAAUCAAAUGAAGAACUAAAGAUUAAAAAGGAACAGGCUGCAUACGAAAAAGAAAAGCUGCUUCAGAAAAAAGAUAAAGAAUUUAAAAAACUGUUCAGUGUAAACAAAAUUUUAAAUGAGGAUAAUACCAACCUGGAGAUGAGAAACACCGCCCUGGAGAAGGAAACCACUGCUCUCGAGCAGAGAAACGCCGCUCUGGAGCACACCAACACUGCCCUGGAGCAGGCAAUCAAUGCCCAGGAGCAAGUAGAUGACACUCUGGAGGAGAUAAACGCUACCCUGGAGCAGAUAAGCGACACCCUGGAGCAGAGAAUCAACGCCCUGCAACAGAAAAACRGAGCCCUGGAGGAGAAAAAGACCACUCUGGGGCAUAAAAACAYCAAUAUGAAGCUUAGGAACAGGAACCGGGAGCGGAGUAUCCACACAGUGGAGAAGAAAUACAAGGCCCUUGAGAAGGAAAAGAUCGCCCUUGAGCAGAGAAACACCGCCCUGGAGCAGACAAACAUCGCCCAGAAGCAGAUAGGCAACGCUCUGGGGAAGGCAAACGUCAAUCUGGUGCAGACACUCACCGAAGUGAAGCAGAAAUACACGGCCCUGGAGCAGAGAGACACCACCCUGGGGCUGAGAAAUGUCAACCUGGAGCAGGAAAACGCCAUCCUGGAGCAGAGAAACGCCGUCCUGGAGAAGAGAUGCGUUGACCUGAAACAUAGAAACGCUGCCCUGGAGCAGAGAAAUGCCCCCCUGGAGCAGAGAAACACCGUCCUGGAGGAGAUAAACGCUGCCCUGGAGAAGAAAAAGACUGAACUGCAGCAGAAUUACACCGAACUGGAGCAGGAUUACGGCUGUCUGCUGGAGAAAACCAACGAGCUGCUAGACAAACACAGCAUCCUCAGACAGGAAAACGACAUCUUGGAGGAGGAAAACGAUGCCCUGAAGGUGAAUCGCAUCGUCCUCCAGCAGAGAAGCCUCUCCUUGCAACAGCAAAACACCGUCUUGCAGCAGCAAAACACUGCCUUGGAGCAGCAAAUCAGCGCCGUGGAGCAUAUAAGGACUGAACUGCAGAUUGAAAUGGAACAGCUGAACAAUAGGCUGAGGGACGCAGAGGAGCAGCAGAACCAGCAGSCRUCUGAAGAAGAGACCCACGAAGACAGCCAGUUGGUUACAGACCAGCCACAGGAGCAGCCGUCUGUAUUCAGACGAGUGGUUGGAGGCAUCACUGAUACACUUGUAAAAAUGUAUGAAACAGACACGCUGAGAAUAGCUUGAGGCCCGCAGGACUGCGGUGCUAUGGGAACUUCACUCCAUCGAACUCAGGUCAGUGUGAUGAUUGAAUGAAUUAUGUUUAUGUCCACUAAGUGGCGAGCAUGAGUUUAUGUGAA